AUGAGACUUUCGAUUUUACCAGAGUCCCAGCAGCUUGCACGGGACAACUGGCUAGAGUGGAAGCGUAGGAUCCUCGCUAUAUGCGGUCCGAAAUGUCUUGUCGGACACCUGGAUGGCACUAAAACAUGGCCAAACUACCCGACGCCAUUGAUUGAUGAGUGGGAGGACCGUGAUGAGCUGGCUAAGUCCACCAUUACACUUAACAUCCGUGACCUCAUCGGCAGCAGCGUUGAUCUCGAUGAAACUGCUCAUGAGAUAUGGACGAAGCUUACGCAGAUUCGAGAAAAUAGGAGGAAACAGCCGGCUACGUGGAAGCAUGCCCCCCGGGCCAAGCAGGGUUCACCUGCCGACCUUGCUGCUCGUGCCAAGGGGGGUUCCAUGAAUGCAGCGAACAAUGCCAGUGCGAACUUGACAUCUGCGUCCACGUCUCACCAUCCCACUUUGUUCUAUGACUAUAAUAUCUUCCUCGCCAAUGCCUUCAUCACAGCAGGGUCUAUAUGUGGUAGUCUUAACUGCGCGUUCAUUGACUCUGGCGUGACACACCACUACUUCCGUGACCGUACAAACAUCGUUGAUUACCUCCCCAUUACGCCUAUUGUCGGUAACACAGCGAAAGAAGGCUCCACAUUCACAAUGGUCGGUGUCGGUACGGUACGCAUACAAGUGGAAAUCAACGGACUAAAAUCCAUUGUCACCUUCCAGAAUGCUAUGCAUGCUCCUGACCUUUCUGCCAAUCUGAUCUCACUAUCCAGGAUUGAUCGUAGCGGUGGUGCAGCCAUUGUCGAGAAUGGAAUACUCAAGAUUGUUGGCGAUGGACGUUCAAUCUUAGAGGGUCGUCUCACUGAUGGCGACUUAUACGAGGUUCACUUCCAGCACGUUGACCUUCCUAUUCUCAGCACCCUCCCCGAGGUGCAUAUAGCCUAUGAUCCACGUGCAGUUGCAUUCUCGGCAGUGACCAGUGGUGGUCCUGUGAGCAUUGCCACUUGGCACCACCGUUUAGGCCAUGCAAGUGAACGUACUAUCAGAGCGAUGGCCUCGCAGCAAGUGGUCGAUGGGCUGAUCCUCACGGAUGAGAAACCUCUGGGGAAAUGUGAAGACUGCUUGAAGGGGAAAAUGUCCGCAGCGCCUUUUCAUGAAUCACAGGUGGAGGAAGAGGUGCUCGAAAGGGUCUACAUCGACCUCAUGGGGCCGUUCCAGGCAAAAUCUCUUGGCAGUGCAGAGUACGUACUUACGAUCGAUGACGAUGCAUCAUCCUAUUCCUCCAUCUACCUCCUUAAAGGCAAAAGUGCAGAGGAGACACUGAAACACUUUCAGGACUUCCAUCACAUGGCGGAGCACCAGACAGAGUACAAACUCAAAUGUGUCUGUUCUGACAAUGGCGGCGAGUUCAUGAAUGCUACCUGGGACAAAUACCUCCUCAAACAUAGUAUCAUCUAUGAGUCGACAACUCCCUACACUCCACAGCAGAAUGGCUUAGGUGAGCAUGGGCACCGGACACUAGCGAAACAUGCUCGUGCAAUGCUGUUUGAUGCUGGUGUCCCGAACUACCUAUGGGGUGAAGCAUUCAUCACAGCAGCAUAUGUUAAAAACCUGACUGCAUCCUCAUGUCAAUGCGGCCUCACCCCAUAUGAGAAGUGGUUCAAACACAAACCUAACAUCUCUCACCUACAUGCUUUUGGCAGCAUCGCAUAUGCAAAACUCGCUGAUGAGACUCGCUUCAAACUCGAUCCCAAAUCCGUCAAGUGUAUUUUGGUUGGAUACACUGGUGAUGCAAACUACCGCCUUUGGGAUCCUAUGUCUGGACCUCAUGGGACUACCUUUUGCAGCCACAAAGUUGUCUUUGAGGAGGGUCCUGGGCACCGUAGCAUCAAUGAGGAAGGUGUCGUCAACAUCGACCUACCUAAUAUUGAGCGACGGGUACCAGCACCGCUUCCCAUUCCACCACCUGUCGAUCAUGUACCCGCUGUAGAUGACCCUCAUGUGGGACGUGACCCUGCAGACAUUCCCAUGGAACAUCUUCCAGAGCAUCUCCCAGCUCACCCGAUACCACAGGCCCUCAAACCACAUUGCUCUGCGCGUACUCACAUCCCAACCUGUGCUCUUCAGGAGUCCCAGGAGUCGGAGGCCCGUGAGCAAGCUGCACAUGUGCGUGGUGAAGCAUGGGCGGACAAUUCUAUUGCACUGAACCAUGAUUGCGUGGGCGCAUAUAUGGCUAUGCUGAUCCAGGGGGAGAAACAGAAGCCUACAGCUUUUGUGCAUGAGGGUGGUGUCACACCUUCUACUUACAAGGAAGCAGGUCAACAUGCAGACAUCUGGCAACCGGCCAUGCAGACUGAAAUUGAUGGGCUACACAAAAUCGGCGCAUGGCAACUGUUACCAAGGACAGCUGGAAUGAAUGUCGUUGGCUGCAAAUGGGUCUACGCACGCAAAUUCGAUGAGACCGGGAAAUGGAAAGCCAAAGCGCGCCUCAUUGCAAAAGGUUUCCAACAGAUUCUGGGCAUUGAUUACUUCGAAACACAUGCCUCCGUCAUCCAUUUUGAAUCUCUGUGGAUGAUCUGUGCCAUAGCGACUUUCAACGACAUGGAAAUGGGCCAAGAUGACGUUGAGAAAGCAUACCUUAAUGCGACGCCACAGGAGAUGAUCUACAUGGAGCAACCCCCAGGCUUUGUCGAUGCGGAAUUCCCAGACCAUGUUUGCCUGAUGCAACGCUCUCUAUACGGUUUCAUGCAGUCUGGAAAUGAUUGGUGCGUGCGAGCGAGGCAAGAUGAUAAUGGUGUAAUGGUCACAGCAACAUACACUGAUGAUAUCAGUUCCUGCACGGACACUGUGGAUGGCCUGGGAAGGAUACGUGGAGAGAUCGGUACGCGUUACCACCUCAGCGGAGGGGGAGAUUUCAAGUACAUGCUUGGGGUUAUCAUCAAGAGGGAUCGCGAUGUCAGAACAAUGAGGAUAUCGCAGCACCCAUACGCUGAACGCGUGCUCAAAAGAUUCAGCAUUCAGUACGCAAAUCCUGUUCAUACCCCGCUCGAACCCAGCAUCAAGCUUGGACUUGCCACUGAGCCGAUCACAUCUGAUGAAGCCCUGGAGAUGGCGACUGUCCCUUACCGCGAGGCCUUAGGCACGAUCAUGUAUCUCGCUGUUACAACACGCCCUGACCUCUCAUAUCCAGUUCAAGUCCUCAGCCGUUAUAUGGCCAACCCAGGUAUUAUACAUUGGAAGGCACUGAAAUGUGUUUUGAGGUAUAUCAAAGGGACUUUGGAUUACGGGAUAACAUUCUGCGGCCCUCCUCAUCCGCUGUCGACACUACAACCCACCAUUUACUCAGAUUCCUCACACGCAGAUUGUCCGGAUACAGCUCGGUCUACUCAUGGAUAUGUUGCUGUGAUGGCAAGUGCACCAGUCUCAUGGAGCUCUCACCGACAGGAUGUCGUAACAUUGUCCACCACCGAGGCAGAAUAUAUUGCGGCUGUUCAUGCAGGACAGACAGCAAUGUGGAUUGCAAAGUUCAUGGACAACAUCCACAACCCAGUCACAUUGCCUGUCAACAUCCGCAUGGACAGCUCAGGGGGAGAGAGCCUUGCGAAACGUUCUGCCAACUUCACGCGUGUCCGGCACCUGCAUGGGCGGUAUCAUUGGUUGCGUGACGCGAUCCGCUUGAAGGAGAUCGACAUCAUCCACAUCCCGGGUGCGGACAACCCAGCGGACAUCUUCACCAAGUCACUUUCUCAACCAGUUCUCCACAAGCAUUUGUUAUUUUUGGGUGUUGCAGCUUAG